AUUAUUAAAAUUGCAGUGACUCAGAAUAAAAACAGUGGCUCUAACUCCAAUUUUCAUCACUUGAAAUUCCAAUAACCCGGUGGUAGCACAAAAAUGGCAGAUCCACGCAUCAGGCAAUUGGUUAUAAAAACGGGUGUCGUGAAGCGCCUGUCCAAGGAGAAAACAACUUACGAGAAGGAGGUUAAUAUUGAACGCACCCGUUUGGAGAAAUUCCGUAAUGAUGGCGCUGAUGACCAUGUGCUGCGCAAGCAGGAGGAAGUCAUCGCGGAGUGUGAGAUGAUGAUUCCGGACUCAAAGCGCAGACUGCAAAAGGAGUACGAGGUGCUGCAGAAGUUUCUUGACGACGAGGUGGAUCUCAAGGAGACGGAGACCUACACAAAAGCGGCCGAGAUUUUAACCGAAGCCAAAGGUGUGCUGGCGGUUUAAAGCCCUUGCGGCAAACAAAUCUUAAUACGUUCCCUCAAUAGUAUUUAAUGAUGCUUCCCUAACUACAUAUGUUUCGCAUUAAUUUUAUUUAUAUGUAUGUAAUAUUAUAUUUAAUAAACUAAAAUCAGCCAAACAGC